AUGUGCCAUUGUGGUUUUGUAGGCAAGUGCUCCCUCCUCUUCCUGCGCGGCGGCCCUUGCCCUCCUCUCUCUUCGGUCCCCUUCGCGCCUCCUCGCGGCAGUCGCAGAGCCAAGGAGCCCGAGCUCGGCGGCGACGGAUCGGAAGGCAGCGGCGGCGCUGGAUCUGGCAGUGGUGGAGCCGCCGCCGUCUCCACUCGCCGGGAACCGGCCAGAUCCGCCCCACGAGCUUCACAGGUGCCACCCCCUCCGCCACCAGCCACGGUGGCCUCCCCCGCCCCGUAUCGGCGCGGAUCCAGCCACCAUCUCCCGCAGCAACGGCGGCCUCGCCCUGCUCCGCCCCCGCUCCUCCUCCUCCUCCUCCGCGCCUUCGCCUCGCUCCCCAUCCCGGCCGCCGCGAGAGGGGGCCUCGACCCGUCUCCCUCAGGUUCUCUCCGCUCUCACACCCUCCGUGACCCGAGCAUCAAGGAGAUGGCGGAGCAGAUCGCCAAGGACCCGUCCUUCAGCGAGAUGCCCCGUAAAUCUACUCAAUUAAUUUACCUCAAACAAGGAGCAGACACAGAGGAGGAAUCUGCUACCUCAAAGCAGUUGAUCGACGCCAGGAGGGUGGGUACGUGA